GAGAGAGAAUGGGAGAGAGGCAGUGAGGAGGGGGAUAAGGAGAGAGAGGGGUGGGAAAAGAGUGAGAGAGGCAGAAAGAAGAGAGACAGAGAACUUGUGACUUGAUAAAAAAAAGGGCAGGUACCAGAGGCAGACGGACCAUGAAGGCAGGUGUGGGACUCGUCUCUGCACUGGCUCUCUUCCUCCUGAUGGGGGCAGUGUUUACCCAGAGAACUCGGCCCAAGAAACCAAUUAAACGGCCCCAAACCACCAAAAGACCCACUUUCCAUUUGCCUACCCCCCCACCUGGGCAGCCUGAACCCCAGGAGCCCACUGACUUCCCCCCACCCAUCCUGGGCCCCCCCUCCAGCUUCCCUGACUGCCCCCGUGAGUGCUUUUGCCCCCCCUCCAUACCCAAUGCCCUGUAUUGUGAAAACCGAAACCUCCGCGAGGUCCCGCUCAUCCCGUCAAGAACUCACUACCUAUACCUGAGUAAUAACUACAUCUCCAAGGUGACAGCGGAACCAUUCCGCAAUGCCAGUGAGCUGCGUUGGGUCAACCUAGCCAACAACCGCAUCCAACGCUUCGAUAAACAGGUGUUUGAGAAGCUGCCGAGGCUGCUGUACCUCUACGCAGAUCGUAACCAGCUGAAGGAGGUACCAGAUGACCUUCCAGUGGGCCUGGAGCAGCUCUGCCUCAGCAGGAACCAGAUCUCCAAGAUCCCCUCAGGGGCCUUCGGCAACAUGGAGCACCUGACCCUGCUGGACCUCCACCACAACAAGCUGAGUGACAGUGACUUAGGGAUGAACACCUUCAAGGACCUGAAGAACUUGAUGCAGCUCAACCUGGCCCAUAAUAUCUUGAGGAAGAUGCCUUCCAGUGUUCCCACUGGCAUAUCACAACUAUUUCUGGACAAGAACAGUAUAGACGACAUCCCUAGGGACUACUUCCAAGGCUUCACUAACCUGGCGUUUGUCAGGUUGAACUAUAAUCAGCUGAGUGACAAGGGUGUUCCCAAGGCUGUGUUUAAUGUGUCGUCUCUACUGGACCUGCAAAUGUCCCACAACCAGUUGUCCUCUGUGCCCCUGUUCAACCCUCACCUGGAGCAUCUGCACCUUGACCACAAUAGCAUCGAGAGUAUCAAUGGCACCCAGCUCUGUCCCUUUAACCUGCAGUCCGACAGUUUUAGUGAUGAUGCCCUGAUACCCCGACUAAGGUACCUGCGUUUGGACGGAAACCACCUGAGCCCUCCUGUCCCUAUUGAUGUCAUCUUGUGCUUCAGACACCUUCACUCCAUUGUCAUCUAAAGACGCCUGGCCUGGCCUGCACACAAACAGACACACACACACACAUACACACACACAAACACAUACACACACACACACUCUGGGGUAAUGCACACCUCGUACACUCAGUACACAGUUGCCAUGCUAUAGUUGGAGUGUAUACUUCCAGAGUGUUUACCUAUUUGGUGACGUUGCAUCACUCAAGAUCAUAUCCAGAAGUAUUAUUAUUAUUAUCUUAAUAAUAUAAUAGCAAAUAGCCUGUGAUAGCACAUUUUUGUGUUUUGUUUUUCCAAAUAAUUCCAUCCUUUCAAAGCUCAUGUCAGAUGAUGCCUACAAGGAGUAACCUGAAUGUAUCCAGCUUUGAUCACUCAAAUAUAAGAAUUAAUUAGGUCAAUGCUGCCAGUUGACAGCAUCAGGGCAUACAGAAUAUGUAUGAAGCUGAAAAUCAACCAGUUACAUAGUCUCCUUGACGCAUGGAUUUUGUUGUUUUCGCUAAGUUUUGUUAAUAGUUAGUAAUAAGGAUACAGUAGUGGUAAAGAACAACAACUUCAGAAUAAGUGAUGCCUUGAAAAUAAAGGUACAUUGACUGACAUGCUACAGAUGUGCAGAGAAGGUUUGAUUAUGGUGUACCAUAGGACUUGAAUGUCCUGAAUGUACUGAAACACCACAUGGGGGCAAGUCUGCCUACAGGUGAAUAUAGAAGUGGAGCAUGACUACCGUGUAGUUGAAAAUGUCCUUGAGGUACCUAUGUUUUUAAGGUGAUUUGUUCAGAAUGAUGAUUGUAUCCUUGUUUGUAUAAAGCAGAUGUUCAAAUAAAAGCGAUUAAAACCUG